CGAGCACUCAGAUCAUGCCACGUGUCCUUAAUCCCACACGAUCUGAUGCAAACCUAUUUAUAUUCCUCCCCUGGAAUUUAUUUCCUGCUUUUUUGUUUCCUCGGCGGCUCUCUCGAUCUCUCUCUCUCCCCCUUCCCCGCCGAUCUCCGCCAUUCUCCGUCCUAGCUCCACCGUCAAACCCUAGGUGACCUUGGAAAUCUCUGAUCUGGUGUUUGUAUGUUUGUCGGGUUCUUUGUUGCGAAAUUCUCCGUAGAAGAUUAGAUUCCCGGAGGAGGGAUUUCGUUUUGCCGCCGAGAAAAAUCUAGGAGAUCGGAGGAGCUGGAAUGAUGGCCACGUCGACGACCACAAGCUCUGUUUACAUUAACGUUAUUGAUGAUGUCAUCAACAAGGUCAGGGACGAGUUCAUCAAUAACGGAGGUCCUGGCGAGAGUGUUCUCAACCAGCUUCAAGGAAUUUGGGAAAGAAAGAUGAUGCAAGCUGGAGUCAUAUGUGGACCCAUAGAGAGGUCAUCGGCUCAGAAACCGACACCUGGUGGUCCACUGACGCACGAUCUGAAUGUUCCGUAUGAUGGUACGGAAGAGUACGAGACUCCAACUGCUGAAAUGCUCUUCCCUCCGACUCCGUUGCAGACUCCCCUUCCGACGCCUCUCCCAGGUACUGCUGAUAACUCUUCCAUGUACAACAUCCCCACCGGUUCUAGUGAUUAUCCAACUCCUGCUAGUGAAAACGGCAACAACCCUGAUCUUAAAGGAAGACCCAGUCCUUAUAUGCCAUCACCAUCUCCAUGGGCAAAUCCAAUGCUUGAUGUCAAUGUUGCUUAUAUGGAUGGCCGAAGUGAGUCUGAGAGAGGAAACCCUAAUCUGCAAUUGACGCAGGACUUCUUUGUGCCAUCCUCUGGUUCUGGGAAACGAAAACGUGAGGAGUUUCCUGCACAAUAUCCAAAUGGUGGAUCUAUACCACAGCAAGAUGGAGCCAGUGAUGCUAUGCCCAAGGGAAACAAUGGGGACCAUGUGACCAAUGUCGUCAAUAGAAAGGUCUCAGGAAAUGUCGCUGGCUCAUCUCUGAAGAUUCCUCAAGUUGAUGGCCCAAUGCCUGACCCUUACGAUGAUAUACUAUCUACACCCAAUAUAUUCAGCUACCAAGGAGCCAAUGAAGACUACAACGAGGCAAAAACUCCUGCUCCUAAUGAAACCCAAGCAAGCACUCCUGUUGCUGCACAAAAUGAUAAUGGCGAUGAAGAUGAUGAUGAGCUGUUGAAUGAAGAUGAUGACGAUGAUGAGGUGGAUGACCUUGACAGUGGUGAGGAUAUUAACACUCAACACCUAGUUUUGGCCCAAUUCGACAAGGUGACUCGCACAAAGAGCAGGUGGAAAUGCACACUAAAGGAGGGGAUCAUGCAUAUAAACGAUAAAGACAUUCUCUUCAACAAGGCGACAGGGGAGUUCGACUUCUGAUCUCAAGUACAACCAUGUCUUGUUUGGCUUGAAGAGUCACUCUUCAAUGGUCCAUGUCUUAGAUGAACUUUGUGAUUCAGACAAACAUAAGAGAGAGAUAUUUAAUUGUGUGUAGUCGUCGGGGUUGGCCUGCUGUACAUAAAGACUGGUUUUUUGUCCUCCUUAUUAGUCGCUCUCCUUUUCUGGAACUAUUGUAUUUCCAAUCUCACACAUUUGUCCUAUCCCAAUUUUUCACGAACUUCCCAAA